CGGGCCGUACUUUACUUCUUGUUUCCACGGCCUCGGAUGGUUUAUGAGCACACUGCCUUGGGGUAUCAUUGUACCUGUCACAAACACCAGAAACACCAGAAACAUCCAAACAUCCCCCUUUUGCCCCGGAGUGUCUGUGCGCGUCUUUCCCCAUCCUGCUUGCUUGUGCUUGCUUGUAUCUCGCCAGGCACGGUAUUUCUCAUGUAACCUCUACUUUACUUACCAUACCUUGUGCUCACUUCUCUUCCUUCCUUUUCGGAUCUUUGUCUUUCUCACCCAUCCAUCCGUUUCUCUCCAUCUCGGCCUUUUUCUCCAGUAUCCAUCCACACACACUCUCUGUCUUGUCAUGCAACACGGUCCGGAUCAUCACCAAGAUAAGCAAGAGUCAUCGUCAUGGAUGGAUCAACUCCGCCUCAGACCCAACGGAUCAUCCUCACCCGGGGCUGUUUCAAUCCAUGGUGAGCUGAGGGGAAACCGAGCAUCAUCAACGCGAAGUUGUGUGGGUGGUACACGCACCCGCCCCUCUUGUCCACCCUCGGGCGGCUCUAAACCCCACGGCCUGUGGUGGCUUAUGUCGACGGCCACCCGCGACAAGCAGUUUGGGGGGUGGGCAGCGUGCCGGCGCAACUCCAGCUCUCGUUUCUUCUUCUGUCUAGCUCCAACCCUCUUGACUGCCACUGCGCGCUUUUUCUUUGCGCCAGGCAGUGCCCAUCCAUGCUUGGGGAGGGAGGGUUACUGCUGACUCUCUCCGUCGCUGAAGUAAUGCUCACCCAUUCCGUCCCUCCCCCCUUCCCUCAUGUGCUGGGGAAAAGGCUGCUGUUGCUCUGCUGCUCGUCCACUACCGAGUUCCUCCUGCCUGCCUUGCCCUGCCCUGCCCUUUAAUUCUCCCUCCUCCCUCCCUCCCUCUCUUUUUCUCUUCUCUCUCCCUCUCUCCCUCAUCCUUCUCCCGUUCCUUCCCCUCUCACUAGCCCGUUCAUUCCCCUUUCGCUUUACUCUUACUGUCCCUGCAUUGCGCCUUCCUGGCCUGGGACUCUCUUGACAUCUGUAUACUUGCGCCAUUGACCUGGCCUACUCCUUUAUUUCUUAAUACACACUCUUAGUCUCUCUCUA